CACGAGAAGCUGCUGUUUGACAGCCGGUGUGUGACUUCAGUCUAAACAUGGCAACUUCAAAGAAAGUGUGUAUCAUCGGCUCAGGAAACUGGGGUUCUGCCAUUGCUAAGAUUGUCGGGCUGAACGCAGGACAGAGCUCAAAGUUCGACUCUACAGUGAAGAUGUGGGUGUUUGAGGAGAUGGUGGACGGCCGGAAACUCACAGAGAUCAUUAACACAGAGCAUGAGAACGUUAAAUACCUGCCAGGACACAGACUUCCAGAAAAUGUGGUAGCAGUGGCGGAUCUCGUUGAGGCUGUCGGCGAUGCAGACAUUCUGCUCUUUGUGAUCCCUCAUCAGUUUAUCAGCCGAGUGUGUGACACAAUCCGAGGAAAGAUUAAACAAGACGCUCUGGGACUGUCACUUAUCAAGGGGUUGGAUGAGGGUCCUAAUGGGCUGAAGCUGAUCUCUGAGGUAAUUCGGGAGAAGCUAGGCAUUAGCAUGAGCGUGUUAAUGGGAGCCAACAUCGCUAACGAAGUAGCAGACGAGAAAUUCUGCGAGACCACCAUCGGCUCUAAAGACAAGGCCCACGGAGCAUUACUGAAGGAUCUGAUUCAGACGGAACACUUUCGGGUCACCGUAGUGGAGGAAGCAGAUGUGGUGGAGAUCUGCGGUGCUCUAAAGAACAUCGUGGCGGUGGGCGCAGGAUUCUGUGACGGUUUGGGUUUCGGUGACAACACGAAGGCAGCUGUGAUCAGACUCGGUCUGAUGGAGAUGAUCGCCUUCGCACGGCUCUUCUGCUCCGCCGGUCCUGUUUCCUCAGAAACCUUCCUGGAGAGCUGCGGCGUCGCCGAUCUCAUCACCACGUGCUACGGAGGACGCAACCGGCGUGUGGCUGAAGCCUUCGCCAAGACCGGAAGGUCUCUGGAGGAGCUUGAAAAGGAAAUGUUGAACGGUCAAAAGCUGCAGGGUCCAGCGACAGCUGCUGAGGUUCACAUUCUCCUCAAAAACAAAAACCUUUUGGACAAAUUCCCGUUGUUUAGAGCAGUGUAUGAGAUCUGUUACGAGGCUCGUCCUGUUACAGAGUUCAUCAGUUUGUUACAGAAUCAUCCGGCUCAUCUGUGAGAGACAUGACUGUGUGUGUGUGUGUGUGUGUGUGUGUGUGUGUGUGUACAUUACUGCUCUGAUGUCUUUUAAUUUUCUGAUCAUGGAGCUUACGUUACAGUGUGAAUUACAUCAGUUCAUUUUCCCUAAACACAAACGUCUUAAGAGUAACAGGAGGACUGAAUGAAUGUAACUACAAAUGGAUAAAAAGUACAACACUUUACUAACUAAAAAUAAACAGAACAACCCACUUCUA